AUGGAGACGAAGGUGGAUAGGCUGCGGGAUGCCUUGGGUGGACCCAAAUCGACUCCGAAACCUGUCCUCGAUCAUGAUCCGAUCGACCGGCCGCUCACCGACGUUUCUUCCGGCUAUGAUAGCGACACCAGCUCUAUUGCGGAUAUCCUCCAGUUCGACGGCGCGGGCGGCAGCAAGCAGGAAGGAGGUGAUUCAAACGACACCCGACGCAGCGGUAUGCGCAAGAAGAUGCACAACCUCAAAGAAAAACUCAGUCCCAAGAAAUCAAACAAGGAAGGGAACAAGUCCGACGCUGAGGACGAAGUCGACGAUACAUCUCCCAUGAGAGUCGUAUCUCCAAGGGCAACCGAUGCCGUCUCUCCUGAGUCCCAACCUCGUCGAUCUUUCUCGAUGCGUCGACGGUCUCGUGGAUCUAGGUCCGCUUCUGUUGGGAAUGUGAUGGCGCCGCCCAGCAGAGCUCAAACGCAGGAGCCUCUCGGUUUUGCGCCCAUCUCUACGCAGAGUGUGGUUCCAGCCGCUACUGGGACGCCACUUUCAUCGCCGACGCGGCCGCGGCACGGAAGUGCGAUCAGGACACCGCCUUUACUUCCGCAGUCACCUAGUCGCCUGACGGCGCUUUCGAGUCAUCCAGUGACGCCGGACGAUUUAGAUAUUGAAGGCCCUUCGACUUACCACACGCCGGGGAGUUCAAUUGGCGGCAAGGAGGAUGGUAAUUAG